AUGUUUUCACCAGUGCCAGCAGACACUACUCUUCCCUAUCCACGAUGUCGCCAAGUCUCCGUUGUUGGUAACUCCAUCCACGCUCUACGGAAGAACUACACUAUUUUGGGGCUAAUCUCAUUUGCUUCCAAUAACGAUUUUACGGAUAAGGAAGAUAAGGAUGAUGGGUUAGUGGUGGUGGUGGUGGUGGAUAAACACCGGCAUAGCUAUGGGUCCAAUACUUCAAGUUCUAAUGGCUUAAUCGAACUUGGUUCGCACCAGGAUUUGAGACUCACAUAUGUUUCAUGUGGUUUCUUUUGCUUAAGAGUGAUUAUUGAUGCUAUUUUUGCAGUCAUGGCGACUAUGGUUCAUGAAGAAUCUUAUUUUGAUGAGGCUCAAUUUGAUUCAAAGAUGAAAGAGUUAUUUCCAUCCACAUCACUUGAGUGGUCAAUACCUGAUAUGUACAAAGAUUUUUUCACAAUUAUCACUGAUGCAAAAACUAUCACUGCAGUUAUUCCAUACUUUGGAGAUGCAAGUGCUGAUCGAAAAACUCAAGGAUGUGAAUCCAUUGCAGCUAAACUUGUUGCAAAUCUGAGAACAGAAGUAAGCUUUAAUUCCAUCCCUAAUUUGUUAAAAAGACGAAAAUACCCAUUGGAAAUGUUGAUCCUAUUUAUCUCAGGACUGAUAACGACCAUUGGAGUCAACUCCUCCUUGCAGUUCUUCAUGAAACACAACAACUUUAAGGGCACAAUUUCAUUUGGUGUUGGAUUCUUCUUUGUUAUCAUUGGGUGGCCUGAAAUAGUAAUGGCAGUAGAGGCUUAUGGAUUCAUUAUUCUCUUCAGACAAAUGUUGAUAAAGAUCAAGGGAAAGCAGCAAUCAAAGCUCAAACAUGAUCAACAGAUUGAUAAUGUCCUAAACUUCAUGUGGCUCAAAUUUUUCCUCAUAUGGCGUUACUUCCGAUUUUGGGCACUGGUAAGUGGGAUUGAAGCCCCUGAGAAUAUGCCACGGUGUAUAAACAACUGA